CACAUCUCUCACUUGAUCCCCAAAGCCCCUGCACUUGUGUUGCUGGCACUGAGAGUCCUAGAUCAUGUUAAAGAUGAAGGUGAUUGAAAAGAUCCAAUCUUCGCCACAGGACCAAGGGAAAGUGGUGUUUUCCUUUGAGUUCUUCCCUCCAAAGAUUGAGGAUGGAGUGGAGAACCUGUUUGAAAGGAUGGAUCGAAUGGUGGCUCAUAAUCUGUCUUUUUGUGACAUCACGUGGGGUACUGGUGGUUCGACGGUGGAUCUCACUUUGUACAUUGCUAACAAGGUGCAAAACAUCAUAUGUGUUGAAACAAUGAUGCAUCUCACUUGCACCAACAUGUCUGUCGAGAAGCUUGACCAUGCUCUUGAGAUCAUCAAGUCCAAUGGCAUUCAGAACGUUAUCGCCCUUCGAGGCGAUCCUCCUCAUGGCCAGGACAAGUUUGUCCAUGUCGAAGGCAGCUUCGCCUGUGCCCUUGAUCUGGUUAAACAUAUUAGAGCUAAAUAUGGUGACUACUCUGGCAUAGCGGUUGCCGGUUAUCCAGAGGCUCAUCUCGAUGCUAUAGGUGAUAACGGUGUUGCGACACCAGAAGCUUAUCAGAAUGAUCUUGCGUACUUGAAGAGAAAGGUUGAUGCAGGAACUGAUCUGAUUGUUACUCAACUAUUUUAUGAUGAGAUUACUGCUGCCUUAGAGCCUAUCAAGGACAAUGAUGAAGCUGUCAAAGCCUAUGGGAUUCACCUUGGAACAGAAAUGUGUCGCAAGAUUUUAGCUAAUGGGAUUAAGACGUUACACCUUUACACGUUAAACAUGGAGCAGGAUCACAUCUUGAAAGCUAAUGGUAUGGUCAAUUGUUAAGAGUUUUUUGAGUAGUUUGUUUACAUUUAGAGUUUGCCGGGAGUUCAAUUUCUUGCUGUCA